UUAAAUUAUGUCUACAAUAAGCACUUGAAUAUGACCGGAUGAAUGAAAAAUUGGGAGUAGCGUCAAAUAUGAUAUAAUUACUAAAGGAACAUCAGGUUGUAAUUCAGAAGCAAGAGCAGAAAAAUGAGUGGCUUGAUGAAGUUUGUAAUUCUUGUCCCAUGUUCUUUCUUCCUCCUAGCUUUGAUAAAGUUCCUUUAUGAUUACUUGUGGAUACCUCUCCGUAUACAGCAUAUGCUGAAUUCGCAGGGAAUCAAAGGACCUCGUUACAAAUUCAUCCAUGGAAACAACGAUGAAGCUACCCAAAUGACAAAGGAAGCAUUAAGCAAACCUAUGGCCCUGACGCAUGAUAUAUUUCCCAGAGUGCAGCCACAUAUUUACUCAUGUAUCAACAGAUAUGGGAGGAAUUUUCUUUAUUGGGACGGUGUUCGACCUGAACUUGUGAUUUCAGAACCUGAACUAAUUAAAGAGGUUUUGAAAAAUAGUGAAAAGACUUUUCCCAAAAGGAAGCCUACCAUUUUCAUUAACAAGCUACUAGGGGACGGGCUUGUGACCGUGGAAGGUGAAAAAUGGGUGAAGCAGCGGAAGUUGGCGAAUAACGUUUUUCAUGGGGAAAGCUUAAAGGACAUGAGACCAGCAAUAAUUGCUAGCGUUGAAACAAUGCUAAAGAAGUGGAAAGGCCAAGUAGGCAAAGAGAUCGAAGUGUUCCAUGAAUUUAAAUUAUUGACUUCCGAAGUGAUCUCGAGGACAGCUUUUGGUAGCAGUUACCUGGAAGGGGAGAAGAUUUUUGAAAUGUUGAACAAGUUGUCAAUAGUUCUGAGCCGAAAUCUUUCCAACACUAGAAUUCCCUUAUUCGUCAAGUUACAGAAACCUGCUGAUAUGCUAGAGGCAGAAGAGCUUGCAAAAGGAAUACAGGACUGUGUGUCGAAGAUUGUGAAAACGAGAGAAGACAAAGUUGUGAAGGGAGAGGCUGAUAACUUUGGCAUUGAUUUUCUAGGAUUACUUAUAAAUGCCUACCAUGAUACGGACGAAAAUAACAAACUUUCAUUGGAAGACUUGGUAGAUGAGUGCAAAACAUUCUACUUUGCUGGACAAGAUACUGUUAAUUCCUUACUUGCUUGGAUGGUCUUACUUUUAGCAAGUCAUGGAGAUUGGCAAGAGAAAGCAAGAAGAGAGGUGAUCGAGAUAUUUGGUAACCAAUAUCCAAAUUCUGAAGGCCUUUCUAAACUCAAAAUUAUGACCAUGAUUAUUAAUGAAUCUCUAAGAUUGUAUGGUCCAGCAGUUGGCCUAUUGAGGAAAGGUGGAAGUGAAGUUCGGUUAGGAAAUCUAGUCUUGCCUGCUGAUAUAGAUAUUCUUAUUGCAAAUGCUGCACUUCACCAUGACCCUCAACUAUGGGGAGAUGAUGUGCAUCUUUUUAAGCCAGAGAGAUUCGCCGAAGGGAUUGCCAAAGCUACCAAUUACAACACAGCUGCAUUUUGUCCCUUUGGAUUGGGACCUCGGACUUGUGUUGGUACAACCUUCGCAAUCAUGGAAGUGAAGAUUGCAGUCUCCAUGAUUCUACAACGCUACACCAUUUCCCUCUCCCCUGCCUAUGUCCACGCGCCAGUAUCUAUUAUCACCGUUAAACCACAACAUGGAAUUCAAGUAAUACUCGAGUCACUGCAUCAUGAUGCUUAAACUACACCGUAGGUAAGGGCUCAGCGUUCAACUCAGUUUGCUCAUGUAUUCACCUUUUAAGAGAUGACAUUUCAUAGAUCGGGGGCUUUUGCAAUAGCAACCACUUCCCUAUUCUGAAGUUAUCCGCUCCUUCAUGCAUAAAUAACUGCAAAUAUCUGCUCAUUUCCAAGAUGGUAAAGCAUGCAAUAAAUGAAAAUGAAAUACAAUUUAUCAUUUUAAUA